AUGCAGAAGGUUCUUCGCAUCAAUGCCCAAGCUCAGAAACAAGCAGUGAAGAAGGUGCGGACUGCGGUUCUGAGAAAGCAGAAGGAUGCGGACAAGCAAUACUGGGCAUAUCAGCAUGCUCACCAGGCUGGCCUCAAUCAGCGAUCACGCAGUGAAAGAAAGGCUCGCCGAGAGGACUGGAUGGCUGGACCACUGGCUCCUGACCGCGAUGCAGGCCUUGAUCGAGGCUCACUCGGAUCUAUAUCAGCAAGAGAGCUCUCAGUCUGGUCGCGCCCCAGUCACGUGAAAAAGGACAAAUCCGCGCUUUCUGGCAAUCGAGGCAACAUUGUAGCUGGUGAUCGAGUCUGCGUGGUCAGGAAGGGCCCGCAUCUGGGCCAAAUUGGGGAAGUUGUCGAGGUCAGGAAGAAAGAAGGAACUGUGACGAUCUCGGGCGUCAACAUGGCCGACAUCAAACUGCCCCCAUCCGCGAACACUGAGUUGAGGGAACGAAAGAUCUCAACGAUCGAACUCCCUUUUCCCAUUGAAGAUGUACGGCUGGUGUUCAAGCCUGAAGGCUUAGAUCGAGACAUAAUCGUCCGCUACCUAGAAAGAGGCUAUCCUAUCUACGAUCAUGGGCCGGCUUCUACCAUACCCGAACAUACGCGCUACAUUGGCGGUACACGAAUUGAGAUCCCCUGGCCCGCCGAGGCAGUGCCCGAGCGAACGCGCCACAUGUGCGAUACGCCACGACUACAUGUGAAUGAAGACACCUAUAUACCAGAAGUCCUGAAUGCGCCAUUUCCUCAAAGCAUUGCAGAGGAGCUUGGAUCAAAAUACCGUCGUGACCGGCAAAGACAUGCCGACAACUACGUUGCGAACAAGAUCGUGGAAGAUGCCAGAAGCGAAUGGUAUGAAAGCAGGAGGCUGAUAACGCCAGUACGGCAGCACUUGGAACAUCUGGCACAGAGGAGGAGGGAGCUUGAGGCGAAGGAGCUCGACAGUCAAAGAAUCUUGAACGAGAUUCAGCUUGAGAUAAGCCAGGCUGCCUCGUGA